AUGCCUUCUCAACCACGUGUAGAUAGAAUCAAAAUAUGUUAUACAGCAGCGAUGCAUUUAAAUUUUGGAUGGCGUGUUAGUGGUUAUCCAAGUACAACAUUCAACAACGCCGUUAUAAAUUAUACAUCUCAGCUGCAUCGAAUUACACUUCGAUUCUGUCGUAAGAAUGAAUGCAGUUCAGGAGUACGAGAUUUUAUUGCAAAAGGAUUGGUGACGGCCUUUGCAUUACAAAAUCCAUCCGUUGUAGUUUAUGUUCAACCUGUCAGGCAAAAUAUCCCUCUUGUUAGAGCAGAAUAUGGAAAUGGCCGUAUUAUCCAAAUUGUUUUGAAAAAUUUCGAUGCUGAACAAGUAGAAAGACAUUUAAAUCUUUUACGUACCCGAAGUGGUCUUCCAGUAGUUGAUUUAGUCUCACGACAAUCUGCUCAAGUAAACUCAGUGCAAGGAAUGUGGAACCCCAUGUACAAUGUCAGUUCUGAAUUAAAUCUUUCCCAAUUUCCAAAUCAAAAAUUCUCUCGCCAUCGCAGUGCAAAGCCGUCAGCUACGGAAUAUGUUGCAUCACUGGUGAGUGAAAAUAUCUCAGACUCUCGGUGA